AUGGAAACCCUAGAAGAAGAAUCGACGAAGACGACUGUUGAUCCAUUGAAGAAGACCAACGCAAAUAUCUCAUUACCAACUGAAGUCAUUGAAGAAAUCUUGUUUAGACUCCCUGUCAAAUCCAUACUCCGGUUCAGAUCCCUCUCUAAACCAUGGCUCUCGCGUAUCAACGACCCAUCAUUCACCAAACUCCACUUCACUCGUGCUACUUCUGCCCACCGCUCCGCCUUAUUUAUUUUCGCUUUCGAUCGUUCUACCCGCAAACGACACUUGCUCUCAGCCGCCCAUGACGGUGGUCCCGUCACACAUCUCAUGACGCUCCACGAGUUUGAUUCUGAUUAUAUCACAGCAGCCCAACAUUUGAAUGGGCUAGUAUCUUUUUCUUGCUGGGAAUUUACGAUGGAUUACACUCAAGUUUUUGUGGUUAACCCUAGCACGCAUAAGAUUUUUAAACUCCCACAACACGAUCUGGAUUUUUCAAAGAACCUUUUUGGAACGGGGCAGUACUUAUUUGGGUUUGAUGAGUCUAAAUACGAACAUAAGAUUUUAAUCUUCAGGGAUUUUGUUGUUACAAUGGAGGUUAUGAUUUACUCUAUGUCAAAUUAUUCAUGGAGAAAGAUCAUUGUAGAGCCUCCUAUUGGUUUUACUUGGGAUCUGCUGUACUAUAGCACCAAAUGUGGUGUUUGUGUCAAUCGUGUAGUGCAUCUAAUGCUUCAAGAAUCGUAUGACAUUUUGACUUGA